GGGUUCCCACAAUGCUUCCUGUGUUCCACCAGAGUUUGGAUGUAGUUUAUUUGCCCGUAGCAUCCCUUGAGGAUAUUUAUUGUGGAGUGCAGAAGAGAACUCCGUAAAGGCCAGGGUUGUAGGUGACACCUCUGCAGUUGUGCCUUUGGGCGUCCCGGAACACAAGGGGAGGGAGGAGACAGAUCCAUUCUGAAUUCCCAUCUUGCGAGAAUCUUCUGCAGAGCUAGCCUGCAGCUAAGCGUGAGCCUCCAGUUGGCACAGAAUGGCUAGAGAACCCGGAGCGAGCGCAGCCCUAAACGCUCGAUCUGCAGAAGAGGGAACUGGGCUUCUAGUGGUGAAAGUGGAACAGGAAGAGACUUCCCCCUUGGCAGAGGAGGUCAGUUGGCUGGGCAGUCCUGGGCCUGACAGCUCCCGCCAGCGCUUCCGUGCUUUCCGCUACCCAGAGGCAGCCGGGCCCCGCCAGGCGCUGAGCCGGCUCCGCGAGCUCUGCAGACAGUGGCUGCGGCCAGACAUGCACAGCAAGGAGCAGAUCCUGGAGCUGCUGGUGCUGGAGCAGUUCCUGACCAUCCUGCCAGGGGAACUGCAGGCCUGGGUGCGCGAGCAGCACCCCGACAGCGGGGAGGAGGUGGUGGCACUGCUGGAGUACUUGGACAGGCAGCUGGAUGAGACACCUCCACAGGUCCCAACUGGGGAAUGGAGUCGAGAACUUCUCUGCUGCAAGGUGGCAUUGGUGACACCAUCCCAGGACUCACAAAGUAGCCGCUCCCAGGCAGUGAAGUCUCUCUUCAAGCAUGAAUCUCGGGAAUCUCUGGAGUGUUCACCCUUAAAAGCCAGAGGUCUGGAAAUGAAGCCUGAGACCAGGGACUUGCCUCCAGCUGAGGAAUACAUGGAACAAAAGCCUGAGCAGACAGUGUGCUUCCUGGGUGAAGACACUGUCCAAAUUCCUACAGGUGCAGAAGCCAGUGAGCAGGAAGGCAAGUUACAGACAGCACAGAAGAAUGCCAUGGGAAACAGGCGGUUCUAUUGCCAUGAAUGUGGAAAGAGCUUUGCUCAGAGUUCAGGCCUAAGUAAACACAAAAGAAUCCACACUGGAGAGAAACCCUACGAAUGUGAAGACUGUGGGAAGACCUUUAUUGGGAGCUCUGCCCUUGUCAUUCAUCAGAGAGUUCACACUGGUGAGAAGCCAUACGAGUGUGAAGAUUGUGGCAAAGUCUUCAGUCACAGCUCAAACCUCAUCAAGCACCAGAGAACCCACACUGGGGAAAAGCCCUACGAGUGUGAUGACUGUGGAAAAACCUUCACUCAGAGCAGCAGCCUCCUUGAACAUCACAAAAUUCACACCAGUGAGAAGCCAUUCCAGUGCAACCUGUGUGGAAAAGCCUUUAGGCGUAGCUCACAUCUCCUGAGGCAUCAACGGAUCCAUGGUGAUAGAACUGCUCCAAAGCCUCUUUAUGGGAAGGCCUGGGAAGGUCAGAGUAGGGGGGCAAGCCAGGGGGAUGACGUUGAAACUCCUGAGACUUAUCAGUGUAAUGAGUGUGAGAGAACUUUCACUCGGAGUAGAAGCCUUCUUGAACAUAAAAAAAUCCACACCGGUGAGAAACCCCACCAGUGUGAUGCAUGUGGGAAAGGCUUUACCCGAACUUCAUACCUUGUUCAACAUCAGAGAAGCCAUGUGGGGAAAAGAAUUGUCUCACAGUGAUCUAUAGCACACCUGCUGGGGUUGGUGCAUACUUGCCAGUGAGCUGAAGACACCCGGAGACCUUACUAACUGCAGAAGAGAGGGUAUUGCCAGUGCACACUGUCCAGUGUUAGAUGUUAUAGUCUGGCUAAGGUGGAUCAUCUUUUCUGUUUGCAAAGUAACUGUCAUGGAACUUACUAAUAGAGGACAGGGGAGUGUUCUCUGCAUGAGAUAACACCGAAGUGUUCCCACUCUUUGGAUUUACAGGGACUUCCAGAACAGUCACCGUUGGCCACCAUAUUUUUCUCCUGAAUGGAUGAUUCCAGAUUUUGGAGUGUACCUUCUUGACUAUUUGUGCGUCAACCUGAAUCUUUCAUGUUUAGUUAGAUUCCUGAGGUUUUAGCUCCCCUAUUGUGCCUUGUGUAUAGGUGCUAAUAAAUGUUUCCCACAGGGACUGACGAAAUGUCCUUCAAAACUGAAACUCUGUGUCUGGAUUUCUGAAGAAGUUCUAACUUGGAGCAUUUGUGUUUGCAUCUAAUUGGCUAAGGUUCUAGAGUCUGAGUCAGCCCUCCAGUUUUCAUACUAAGCACACAACGUUACAGAGUUCGAGAAGGAGACUCCAUAUAUAUUUAUGAGGAUAGAGAGUAUG